CUGCGAGUCUCCUGCGGGCUCAUCGAGGACAUAAAGCCGAGUUCGCCUGCCCAAACAGAAAAGUGCAUGAGGGAACAUUGGGCCGAUGAUGGAGGCCUGGCCGACGGUGGCCUGGGUCCUGCUAAUGACCAGCAUUGCUUAUUGGCUGAAAACUGUCCAGUCACGGGACUUCACCAUGAUGGACAUCAUCCAGCUGCAUCCCUCAACUACACCUCAUCCUGGCGGCUUCAAAUGCUUCACAUGUGAAGAUGCCGCAGAUAACUACGAGUGUAACCGCUGGGCACCAGAUGUUUACUGUCCAAAAGAUGCCAGAUACUGUCACACACUUCACAUGAUGGAUAACCAUGGAGACAGCGUGUCUGUGACCAAGCGCUGUGCAACCCUGGAGGACUGUCUGUUUACCGGCUGUGCUGAUGUCACUGAUAACGGCUAUCAGAUGUGCUCGUCCUGCUGCGAGGGGAACAUCUGUAAUGUGUUGGUGCCGAGGAAUGCGACCAGCGCCAUAUUCUCCUCGACGUCUCCUCUGGUUAGCUCGAGUAGAGGGUUUCUUCCUGCGACGCUAAGUUACAUCAUCGUUGGCAUCCUCAUAGCUGGACAUGUUUGAGAGGGAAUCUCUGCAUCUGCAGGACAUAUAAUGCAUA